CCCUUCUACCCGACAAGGUCCGAGUUCUGGACGAGUCCGCCUGAGUUACUGUACCUUACAGAGACAGCGGUGUAGUCAACAUGCGUCUCUUCUUAGUUUUCACCCUUCUGGGCUGCGUGGCUCUGAGCCGGGCGGCAGACUGCGAGCUCAAGUUCAAGAUCGCCCAGACGGAGAUAGACAACAAGCUAUGUACGGUGAGUGCGGCAGACCAGAAGGCUAUGGACGCCGUGAAGAAGACGCUGGAUGACGUGAAGAAAGAGAUGGACACCAUGGAGAAGGACCAGAAGGCUUUCUCCGCCAAGAUGCAAAGCGACGUUCUUACAGAACAGGUCGAGCGAACAAAGGUCAAAGGUCAGAUCCUCUCACUCAAGCAAAAGCUAAGUGAGGCCCAGAAGAAAAACGCCGAGCUUAAGAAGCUGGUUGAAGACAGAGAGAACGAGUUGAAGGCCAUACAAGCGGACAUUGUGAAGGCCACCGAUGUGUACAACCGAGCCCAGACUCUAAUGAAGGGGAAGACGACCAGGUCCUCCGAGAUUCACCUCGCCCUGAGCCCCGAGGAAUAUGACCCGUUCACCACGGACGACCCCGACUUCUACCAGGGGCCCGUCGACGCCUCAGACCCUGAGACGGACGAGGGUUCCGACGAAGAAGCGGACGAAGUCCUGCCAGCACUGGAGAAGUUUUUGAGGGAGCAUGACAUCUAAGAUAAGAUAAAAGAAAAGAAAGAAAUUGAUGUAAAAGGCAACCCGUUUGACUUGCAUCUUAGCAGUCUCGCAAAAGAUGUUCGUCUUAAACUCGUAUAUCAUUACUGGCAGUUAUAGAACCUUCUACAGAAUGAAUGUUUAAAACACAGUUUUUAAGAUCUGUAUAAAAUUAGCGAUUAAAAACAUUAGAUAACACAACUGUUUUGCAAAUUAAUAUACUGCACAGAACACUCCGGUCACUGACCUUUGGUCGUUACAGAAAAAAACACAAAUAGUUUAAGGUACAUUAUUAGACAAAACGUUGGAUCUGUUGAAACAUAGAAACAUAUUCAUUCAUUUCCUCCCGUUGUAGCAACUUUCAGAUCGUUGUGACUUCUCUCACCACUGAAAUAAACGUGAUCUAUCUCGGA